AACAAUGCAUUAUGCGCAUCAUGCGUUGAAACGGAACGCAGCCCAAGUAAACAAGAUAUUUUAUAUCGAAAAGUAUCUCAGAUUUGGAGAAAAGUAUUCAAAAUUAUUUCUUCUUAGAAUUAUCCGUUUAAGCAUUUAUUCCUUCAAGUACGUAUAAACAUUUGACGUGAUCUUGAUGCAAAUUCGAUGCGGCAGGAUCCAACGAGACAAGAGGUUAGAGAAUCAUUCAGAGCUAGUUCGUCUUUCUGAUUCGCUCCGGGGAAAAAUAAACCGUUUAUCACGUCCGCUACACGCUUACGACAUCGUGAUACCGUGAGAAUUCAGUGUUUCAAAAUUGUACACAGAGAACAAACUCUCUUCGACAUAACAUAACAUGAUAGCGGUAUUGACCAGGCGGGCGAGUGGAGGGGAUCGUGUUCGAAAGUGCAUAUCGCGCGUUCUGGACCGCAGAGAUUUAUCCGCCGUUAUCACGAAAAAAGCCAAGAUGAGUAAGCUGACUGCAGAAGAACGGGAGCAAAACUUGAAUCCAUUGCUGUCAACGGGAUGGACUGUCCAAGAAAACAGAGAUGCAAUCUACAAGGAGUUUGUGUUCAAAAACUUCAACGAGGCUUUCGGAUUCAUGACAAGAGUGGCCUUGCAAGCCGAAAAAAUGGACCACCAUCCUGAGUGGUUCAACGUUUACAAUAAAGUGAACAUCACUUUGUCAUCUCACGACGUGAAUGGAUUGUCGCAGAGGGAUGUGAAACUGGCGACGUUCAUAGACAAAGUUGCUGCCCCUAUUAUUGGCAAAUAAGACUGUUAAUUCGUCGGAGUUUCCUUUGUCUGCUGUACAUUUACUAUAUGUGAUGACAAUAAUGAAAAAGAAUAUUGUUUAUUAUCAUUGAUUUGUAGCAUAAAUGUUGAUGGUAUCAAUUAUAUUUUUCUGUUUUUAGCUCGCA